GCCCCUCUUCGUCCUCCUUCCCUCUCCUCAGCCAAACUCACUCACUCCCAUUAAUCACACCACUCCACCGUCGCCUCUACCUCUCUUCUUCUUCUUCUUCUUCAUCUCUCCCUCUCUCUCUCUCUCUCUCUGUUUCAGCUUGCAAAGAAGUUGCAGAGCAUCCAUGGAGUGUGGUGGCUUGACAGCUGCAACCACAACCACACUUGACGAUCUCUUCUCCCAGAACACGGAAGUGGAUGUCGGAACGGAAUGGCUCUCAAUCUUCGUGGAGGACUGCCUGUCCGGCCAAGGAAGCUGCCUCCCUCCGCCCAUGGCAAGUCCCAGGCCCACGACCCCGAGCCCGGCGUCGGACCCGACGAGGCCCUCCAACAUGCGGAAGCCCCAGACUGCGCUCCACAGCUUCCCCGUCGCCGGGAAGGCCCGCAGCAAGAGGAAGAGGAUAGCCGCCGCGAAGUCCAAGGCCCCAUCGGCCACUCCCUGGUCCCAGUCUUCUUGCCCUCAGACCCUCAGCCACUUCCCGAGCUCGGACCCGCUGCUGCUGGACCAGGCCUACUGGUUGGCCGACAGCGAGCUCAUCGCCCCAAAGAAGCCGGCCGUGGAGGCCACGGAGGGCGAGGAAGAAGCGGGAAACGAGAGGCCCAGAAGGAAAAACAAGUACACGGCUCCGGCCCCGGCCCAACAGCCGGGGGAGGACGAGGAGGAGGAGGAAGAGGAGGGCAAAGGAGUGAAGGGGGGAAUGGGGAUGUCUCAGCCGAGGAGGUGCACCCACUGCCUCUCGCAGCGGACCCCGCAGUGGCGGGCGGGGCCCCUGGGGCCGAAGACGCUGUGCAAUGCGUGCGGGGUGCGGUACAAGUCGGGGAGGCUGCUGCCAGAGUAUCGGCCGGCGAAGAGCCCCACCUUCGUGAGCUACCUGCACUCCAACUCCCACAAGAAGGUGAUGGAGAUGAGGAACGGAAUGGGAAUGGUGUCGGUGUCCUCCAUUCCUGCGCAUGAGAUGGAGAAGGGGUGCGGUGCCGACUGAUGAUUCCUUCUCUGCUGUUUGUUUUCCUCUGUAAAACCAUCUUAGGAAUUAGAGACAGGACGGAAUAUUCUUAGGGGCAGGGAAAAAAAAAAGUUAAUUAAUUAUUAAUUAAUCUCUUUUCUUUUCCUAAUCAUUGUAGUUGAAUUAAUGUUGCUUUAAUUCCUUGAGGUUAAUUAGCUUUAGCCUUUGGUUAAUAUAUAUAUAUAAUUUAAAAUUGUUUAGUAUUUUCCAACUAA